CUAUAACAGUACUCGACGGAACAGUAACUCGACGGAACAGUAAUUCGACGCAACAGUAAUUAGACGCAACUCAACGCAACAGCACCAUGUCGUCUCGAUCUGGGCGAGAGAUAAGACAGCUGAUGACAAGGAAGGACGGGCUCAUGAAGAAGGCUUGCGACCUUCGAAGGUUGUGCCUCGACGUAAGAAUUGCGAUUAUCCUUGAAUACGACGGAAAAGUCGACACCUUUAGAACGGAAGACGGAUUUCUCUCCAGUCUUAAUAUCCAAAAUGCCAACGAAUUCAGGCCCAAAGACUUCAUGACUGUUCGGGAGGCAGAGGUACUGGAGGAGUCUGAAAGAGAGAGACGGAGCACUUCUUCUGAGCUAGAACUUUUAGAAGACGACUUGUUCGUACCUGAGACUUGCCAAAACUUAGACUUAGGGUCUAUCUACGAAGCUGGAUCGUCGCCGCCCUUCGCCGAUCAAGAAUCAAUUAGUGCGGAAACGCAGCCACAGGCGUCUCUCAUUAACGACGUUGAUGGGAGUUUGCUUGACCUUCAGUGGGGAAACAUGGCUCAGGAUCAAGGCGAACAGUCUCGUAUAUGGCAAUUAGCUGGGAUGCCCCGUCAUAACAAUACUAAAUAUGGUAACGGCAAAACAAACAAUCCAGGACGAAUUCAGAAGGUUCAAAUGGGUACUGAUCAGACUCUAAAACGGAGAAUGAUUGCACGGCAGCAAGCAAUGUCAGGUGGGAAGGAGGGAUUGCUAAAUAGGUAG